AUGCAGGAAUUAGGACAUUAUGGAAUGAUGUUCGUUGAUAUUCAAGAAUGUCUACAGUUUGUUGAACAGUCAGCCGAAACAAAAAUAACACUUAUGGUAUCGGGUGAAUUCGCCGAAAUAUUAGUACUACUUAUUCAUGAUUUAGAAAAAAUAACUUUUAUUUACGUUUGCUAUCCUCUUAAAAAUCGAAAUGAACAGAAAGAAGCAUGGGUAAAAGAGUACAGAAAGGUACAAUGCUUCCUCUUACCAACAAAUGCUGAUAGGAAAGAAAAUAUAAAUAGUCUUGCUCAGUUAUAUCAAAUUGAAGAUGCAAAUGAAUCAGUAAUAAAUAUGUUUAAUCCACUACUUGGAGAACAAACACAUAAAAAUCUUUCAACCGAAAAUGGAAACUUUAUGUGGUUGCAACUAGUUGUUGACGUUUUAAUUCGAAUGAAAGAGCAAGUAUCAUAUGACGAAGCUAUUGUAAAAUUGAGAGAAAAAUAUCCAAACGAACAAAUAGAUAAAUGUAUGAUCAGGCAGUUUUUGUCAGAUCAUGACUUUUUAGCAGUUUCGAUGAAAGAAUUUCUUGAAAUUUGUAAACAAGAAUGUACUGGAAACAAAAUACAAUUAGAAAAGAUUAACCAAUUUCAACAAACAUAUGAACCGUCAAAAGCGAUAUGGAACAAGAAUUCAAAAAUUUCGUUGAUUAAGAUGAUGAAUUUAUAUGAAUUUAUAUGGAAGUGGAAAUUAGAUAGAAAAGAAUUUGAUAGAAUGAUAAAAGGUCAAGGACAAUAUAUAUCAAUGAAUAGUUUUUUCUCAACUUCAAGAGAUAAAAACCUUGCAUUAGAAUUUGCUAUCUCAUGUGAUACAAGCGAUAAUAAGCAACGAGUUUUAUUUGAUAUUGAAGUCGAUACAAGAUUAAAAGAAACCAAACCAUUUUCUGAUAUUCAUCAUCUAAGUCUGCAUCCUGAAGAAAAUGAAGUGUUAUUUAUGCUUGGAACAGUAUUUAAAAUUGAAAAUGUUGAUUAUGAUAAAAUACAGCAAUUUUGGAUACUAAAAUUGUCUUUGUGCGGAGAAGGAGAUAAUCAAUUAAAAAGUGUUUAUCAAUCAUUAAAGGAAGACUUACCUGAAUUUAUUACUGUUUUAACGCUUGCAGAUCUCUUAAGAAGAAUUGGACAGCACGAAAAAGCAGAAAAGUAUUUGAAACAAUUAUUAAGUACGUUAGGAGAAGAGCAUUCAAGUGCUCCAGGUUGUUAUACCGUUCUUGGUAAAAUUCCAAUCGAAAACGGUAGUUAUGACCAAGCAUAG